AUGGCCGCGCGUUCAUCGCGGAGCGCCAGGUGCGCGGGGAGGACGGCGAGAUCCGCUCGUCGUUCGACCAGCACCACCACGGCGACCUCCGGAGAGGCGGCGGAAGGGGGGGAGGGCGCGGUCGCGGCUAUGGGCGCGACGGGGGCCAGCGCCGUCCGCACCGCGAUUAUCAAUAGCCAUCCUUAUUUUGCGGCACCCGCCGGCCGACUCCCCGUUGUGCAAACGGCGGAGCCGUUUCGCCCCGUUGCUGGCCAUUUCGACCCGCCAUUCCGGGAGAUCAAGCGCGAGGGGGCUGGCCGUGGCAACUGGGGCAGGGAGGGCGAAUACCUUGGCGAUGAGACCGUCGCGCCCGCAUCCGGGGAGGCGGAGCCGAAGGCGGAGGGCGAGUCGGCGGAGGCGGCCGCGGAGGUCGCAGCGCCGGAGCCCCCUGUGCUGAGCGAGGAGGAGCUCGCAGCCCAGGAAGCUGCGCGGAAGGAGAAGGAAGAGGAGGAGAAGCAAAUGACGCUGGAGGAGUACGAGAAGGUGCUGGAGGAGAAGCGCAAGGCGCUGGCGGCCAGCAAGGCGGCGGCGCGCGUAGUGGAGGUGGACGAGGAGAUGGCCAAGAUGACGCUCAAGAAGAAGCCCGAGGGCGACGACGUCUUCGUCAAGCUGGUCCGUGCCCUCUCUGCCCUCUCUACCCCUGCUGCUCCCAGUGUUGUCUUUGCUCUUCAUGCUGUCUCUGCCGCCCAUUCUGUCUCCUGUGCCCCGGAUUAG